UUUUGUUGAUUUAGAUAAAUUUUGCAAGUUGCUGUCUCGUUAAACAUUAUAUAGUUAUAUUGUAUCAUAUUAAAUCACCGAGUGCCACUGUAUAUCUUGUUUUUACCACUGUAUAUUUUUAGUACAUACUUAACAUUUAGAAAACAGAAAUUUAUAGGUCCCAUCUAUCAGACCCCAAAAGAUCCAAUGGACUCUGAAAGGUCUAUUGGACCCCAAAAGUGUUGCUGGAGUUGGAAAAAUUAAAACCUUGAUAAAGCUCAUGGCCGAUAAGAGACGGCGAGCCCGAGUGCAGGGGUCGUGGGCAGCCCCCAUGAAGAAACCGGGCGUGCCACAAGCAGCCAGCAGACAUUCUUCAGAAAAUGUGGCUGGAGAACGCUGGCUACAUAAGGAGCAGGCUAUAGUGGAAAGAAAAUUUGUUUUUCAAGAUCCAACAGAGGUUCAGCGUAAAAUUCCAGAAGAAAGGAUUAUUGACAAAGAAGGUGUAUAUGACAUCAGCAAUAGGCAGACGGGUGUUUCCAGGCUGUGUUUGAAACCUGGUUUCAUUGAACCAAAAGAAGCUGAUUGGAUGUUUGAGCAACUGCACAUGGAAAUACCCUGGGAACAAAAAACUAACAGCAGACGGGAUGGAUCAUAUCAGGAGCCACGACUCACAUCCUGGUAUGGAGAGCUCCCUUAUACGUAUUCCCGUUCAACCAUGAAACCAAACCCUCACUGGCACCCUCUCCUGACCAUGUUGAAGGACCGAAUUGAGGAAGUAACUGGACACACCUUUAACUCCCUGCUUUGUAACCUGUACCGGAAUGACAAGGACAGCAUCGAUUGGCACAGCGAUGAUGAGCCAUCGUUGGGAACGAAUCCCAUUAUUGCAUCGCUCAGCUUCGGGGAAACCAGGAAUUUUGAGCUCAGAAAGAAACCACCUCCAGAAGAAAAAGGAGACUAUACAUAUGUAGACAGAAUCCGUAUCCCAUUGGAUCAUGGCUGUUUGCUGGUGAUGGAGGGGGAAACCCAGAAAGAUUGGCAGCAUCGAGUGCCAAAGGAGUAUCAUGAUAGAGGAGUGCGAAUUAACCUGACAUUUAGAACAAUCUUUCCUAAUCCAAGCGAGAGCUGAAGAGUGGAAAUGAAUGUUCAGUGCAACGUUCGCCUACGCAACACACAGUCACUCCACUUUACAGUUUAUCCUGUGAAACAUUUUGAGACAUCGACCUGACUUGAAAGACAACUAUACUAAAUGUAAGGCUUAUCAUUAUUGUAAAGUGGAAAAUGUGUGAGAUUUUUCACAUGGAUUUUCUGUGAUUUGGAUGUAAUUUUCUUGGAUUUUUGUUGAUUUUUAAGUUGAAGGCCUGAAAGGUUUCAACGUUUCAAACUGGAAAAUGUUUGUCUUUGUCUCAAUCUCUUCUACUGUGAAAUCUCAUAUCUGAAAUUAUAGUUAGAAUGAAGCAGUGAACCACAUUAGAAAAAAAACUGUUUAGAUACAGAAAUCUUUACCAAUCUGAGGUCUUUGCAUGGUACAAAUUUGUACACUGAGUGCAAGCCUGCUCACUUCCUGUCCCAAAUGUUUUCGGGUUUGGCUCCAGAUCAGAUGCAUCUCACAGAAAACUGCUGACUUAAACUCCAUCUGCUUCCAAAUGUGGCUAUUAAGCAGGGAAAUCAACACUUUAAGUACUCUCUACUGGUUGCUGGUUAUGUAAACACAACAAUGUGGCAUGAUAUCAUGUGUCUAAGCAAGUAAAUAAAGUCAGAAGCAAACCUA